CUCUGACCGGCUUUCUCCCUAUGCAGGUGGGAAUAGGGAGAGCUCCAGGAGCCUGGGGCGCUGCAGGUCCUCAGCCUGGCAGGAGGAAGCUGAGGCUAUUGGGUACUGAUGGAUGUUUCCAACAGCCCUGAGCGAAACCCCUGCUCUCCUGAUGAAGACCAGCAGCUUUCUGACGACGAGGUCCUAAAGGAGAGCGGUUCAGAGCGGGGACUUGAUGGAGAGGGUGGGCAAGGCAGCGUCCUGGGUGAGGAGGAGGAUGCAGCCCGGGCACUGAGCCGUGGCGAGGAGAACCACUCGGAUGAAGAGGACCACUUAAGUGAAGCCAAGUCUCAGGACUCUGACAACAAUGAGCAGAGUGGGGAGCUGAAGAGCCCCCAGCCUCGCAAAGGUGAGGAGGAAAACCGUGCUAAUGACCUUGGUGAUGAAGCAUCUUCUGUCACCCGCGAGCUGGAUGAGCAUGAGUUGGACUAUGAUGAGGAGGUUCCUGAGGAGCCAAGCGCUGCUCCUGCAGAGGAGGAUGUUGAGAAAGCUGCUGGUGAGGAUGAUGAGGAAGAGGAGAAAGGAGAUGACGCCCCUGAAGAGGAGAAAAAAUCCAGCAGUAAAAGUGAUGAUGAAAAGGAUGGCCAGGAUCCCGUCAAGGAGAAGAAGAAAGAAGAGGAUGAUGGAGAGAUUGAUGAUGGUGAAAUUGAUGAUGAUGACUUGGAAGAAGGAGAAGUUAAAGAUCCCAACGACAGAAAAGUGAGGCCACGUCCCACCUGUCGGUUCUUCAUGAAAGGUCAUUGCACUUGGGGCAUGAACUGUCGAUUUAUACACCCCGGAGUGAAUGACAAAGGAAACUACUCCUUGAUCUCCAAGCCUGAGCCCUUCUCCCCGAAUGGCGCACCGCCCAUCGGCCCUCACCCGCUGAUGCCAGCCAACCCGUGGGGAGGGCCGGUGGUUGAUGAAAUCUUACCUCCCCCUCCUCCGGAUCCUCCAACAGAAAGUGCCUGGGAGAGAGGACUCCGGCACGCAAAGGAGGUAUUAAAAAAGGCAACAAUGAGGAAAGAACAGGAGCCUGACUUUGAGGAGAAGAGAUUCACUGUGACUAUUGGAGAAGACGAGCGUGAAUUUGACAAGGAAAAUGAGUUUUUCCGUGACUGGAAUUACCGCAUCACCAGAGAUGUCCGAGAUCCAGCGGAGGUGGACAUCAAAGAAAACAUUAACUAUGGGCUUGAUCCCUAUGCAGAUCCCUAUUACGACUACGAAAUAGAACGGUUCUGGCGUGGUGGGCAGUAUGAGAAUUUCAGGGUCCAGUACACAGACCCAGAUCCAUACCGUAACUACAGAGAAAGAGAGCGAGAACGGGAAAGGGAAAGAGAAAACAGACAGCGUGAGAGGGAACGGGAAAGGGAGAGGGAACGGGAGCGAGAGCGGCGUCAAAGGGAGCGCGAACGGGAGCGCGAACGGGAGCGUGACAAGGAGAGACAGAGGAGGAAAGAAGAGUGGGAACGUGAGAGGGAACGGGUGAAGAGAGACGAGAAGGACAGGCAGCACCGGGACCGGGACAGAGACCGGGACAGGGACCGGGAGCGGGACAAGGACAAAGAUAAACCAAAGCCCCGGUCCCCGCUGCUACCAAGGUAAGCGCUGGCUUCAGUUCACUC